CACUUUCACUCCGCACAACCAUCUUGCCCUAGGCUAUACGCCACGCAUACCAUACCUGUAUUACCCCACUACUACAACACAACCCUAAGAAUCUGCGCAGACAUGACCUCAUGUCCACAAAUCUCCCUUGCGGACCUUCCAGAUGGCUCCCAGCUGGAAAAGAACUUUCUCGAUACAACGUGGUUCAAGACUCAUGGCCGAAUACGACGCUUCCCGCCACCUGAACACUUACUUUCCCUCUGUCCAAAGGAUAACCAUGCCAACAUAAUGAAGUUUGAAGAAAUCGGUCUUGUUGUCAAAUUCGGGCGACGUGUUACUACAACAGAAGCCAUCAAUCUUUGGACUGUUCGCAGAAUCUUCCAGGAAGCUGUUCCAGUACCGGAACUUUAUGGAUGGAGAGUUCUUGAACAGGAAGGAAACGGUCGCUACGUUUUCAUCUACAUGCAACUCAUCCAGGGCCCCACGCUUCUAGAACGAUGGCCUGAGCUGUCUUGCGCUGACAAGCAAGCAAUCUGUACUGAUCUACGUGCCAUGGUAUCUUCUCUUCGGAGCCUCCGGGACGGUGAAUCACAGCAAAUCAUUGGAAAUAUAUGUCGUGGUCCUGUGGAAGAUGUCUGCUUGAAAGAAAUACCUUUGUUGAGGCCGUUUCCCUCUCGGGCUGAGUUCCACGAUUGGCUUUCCUGGUCGUGGCGCCGGCGUGUUCCAGAUCCACAAAGCAUCCCAGACCCCUGGAGAGACCUACUUUCAGACAAUGGGUCUAUUGUCUUUACGCAUGGUGAUCUACAUCGAGGUAACAUCAUUGUCAGCGCCACGAGUCCUACUAAGAUUGUCGCAAUCAUUGAUUGGCAAUUAUCAGGUUGGUAUCCAGACUACUGGGAAUACUGUAAAGCCUUGUUCACGGCAGAAUGGGGCAAAGGGUGGUGGGAUUAUGUUCAUCAGUUCUUGGAUCCUUAUCCACCAGAGUUCGAGAUAUUUGAUUUCUACAUGCGGACCAAUGGCAUAUUUUGACCUUUAACACUUCUAGCGGGGGUUUGAUUUUCAGAAUACAUCAAUGGACCUAGUAGUAAAAGCCGAAUGAAUUGAAAAUAAUCAUAAUUCUAGUAGCAAACCAAAUCCAACCACCAAACAACCUAAC